CCAACAGGGGCCUGAUUUGCAGCCCAGUUUCUGAGGUACCUAUCCCCCAUCGUGAACUUUCCAAAACAACCUGAACAUUGAGCUCCUGUCCCAACUUGAUUCCACAUCCAUCGCCAGAAUGAUAUAGGCACAACUUUUCAGAGGCAGCUCCGUACUAACCAGCAGCGACUUCUUUACCACACAAACACUGACACAUAAAGACAGAGACAGAACCCAAUCGCAAUCAGUACGUGCAUUCAUGACAGUCCUUUGUUGACAUGCGACCCUCAAACUUGCCAUCAUGCUAACUUUACAUUCAAACAGAAUAAAAACAAUACACUGAAACUGUCGGAAACAUCUCGCAAUGUCUCGACAAAUGACUUCCGUCUACCCCUCAACCCCUACAAGACUGCCACAAGCUCCCUCAGGCCCAGCUACGCCAGUAACAGGAACAUGGCGACACCCUAAGAUGGAUGAGAUUAUCAGACGGCAAAAUGCAGCUAGUUUCACAGACAGAAACAUUAUCACAAUUCUCUACAACCUUGGUGGUAUGACGGUGGUGUAUUCUAUAGGAAGAUCAAUCUGGAAGUAGUGAGUAUUGUCUCUCUACCAGGAUAGAGCUUUGUUAACCAAAAUUGUAGCUUUCCAAGUCUCCACAAUCAGGACCACUUCCUCCAGCCAUACGCAUCAUGGACUUACUACCUUCUCCACGCAGUCAUGCUGUACAAUAUUACUCUUGCUCUCUACCCACUCGCACGAUCCCCCGACCCCGUCGAAGAUAUCCCUCUCACCCCCGGACAGCGAAAACUAUUUGGCCUACCCCCGAGCUCAAGAGCUGCCACACCGGACGCCCAGUACUCCACUCCUCCCAAAUAUAAGAGAACUCCAAUCGUGAACAAUUCGCCGGUCGGAAGAGGAAGCAAUGCCAAUUCACCAUUAUCCGGAAAAGGACCAGGAAACGGAAUAGAAAGCGACUUAGCUGGCAGUUUUUUUGGAUCGUCCUCUGGGCCGUCUUCAAUGCUAGUACAGAAGGCAAUGGGAGACACCUCAGGAGGGUACAGAAGGCGGUCGUAUGGUUCAGCAAGCCCACUUGGUGGCUCAACUUCUAAAUUCAUGGCGGAGGCACCAGGAUCUCCAAGUCCCUCACCCGCCAGAAACCCCUCUGUUGGGCUGAAUAGCAAAUGGCUUUACGACAAGGAAAGAAGAAAUUCGGGGAGUGCAAGACUGUAUACGUAAUGGAGGUUGUGUGGAAUUGAAUUUUGUAAUGAGUAGAUACCCCUCUGGCGACUAGAAUAAAAGAAUGUAUCAGCCACAGUUGCAGCAACCCUGAAUUUGUAAACAUUUCAAGUCGAUUAAUUCGCAAUGCGGAUUUUGUGAUUGUGAUUCACCAGGACCGAUUUUGGCCUUGAAAAUGUAUAUAUUGAGUUGCUCUGACAGCUUCUAGUUUCGUUCCAAAUGGUCAAUCACCAGAUUGCACCAAGACAAGUAAGUGUAGGCGAGGCCAUCAACCACCACCAAACGAAUGCUAUACACCUACUAAACCUUCACAUGCACCCGACAACCCGACAAAUGCCAGACACAAGUCACGAUGGGAGCGUCUGACUCGAAGCUCGUCUUUAAAAAGGGCAUUUUCAAGCUCUCAGAGGAGCGAGAGAUCGCGGCUGACGACCCAUAUUGGGCAUCUGUAAGGCUACCAUUAGCAUCAUGAAGCUCCAGGCGCAUCCGAAGUUGACCAGAUGAACAUAGUUCUGGGAGCUCCCAGAGUCCACCGAGGAUAUCUUCAGUCUAUUUUCCCCAGCAGACAUCCGCAGAACCCGCGAUACGGCGCUCGAGAACCUCGAAACACUCAUCCUCGCCGUCACCAGUCGACUCUUUAUCUUACGCCACCAUCCGUCAUUCCCAGACCCCGAAUUCGCACCAGAGAAGGAUGCGCUGAACUGCAUACGCGUGCUCACUCGCAUAUUACCAUAUCUAUACGAAGCAGAACAGCUGCAACCAUGGGAGGACAAGUUCUUUUGGGGCGUGAGGAGGAAACGGACACGGUACAUAGGAGCCAAGAUCUGGAUGAAUGCGCACAACUGACUGGUAUCUAGAAAAGCUGCGUUGGCACGAGAUGUACUGUUUGAUGAGUCGCAGGAGGAAUUGGCAAAGUUAGAGGCCGCUGGUGAAGAGUUUGAGGAGGUUAAACCUCUGGCCGAAGAGCUGAUUGACACAUUGGUGGACCUUCUCUUCUUUGCCGAUUUCACCCUGCCAAAACCACCAAAUGUCAAGAAUAAAGUCACGUAUGCUAUAUGGUCGAGCGGAGUGGGAUGCAAUACUUCCGUGGGAACAAGUAGGGAGUUUGAGAGCAACAGGACGGAAGUGCUGCGUUUGCUCUUGACUCUUACUAGUCAGAGCAUGUACAUGUCUGCAAAUCUGCUUCCGGUGACAGGUGUUAAAGCGAUUUCUUAUAUCGUUACCUGCCCGGAUAAGCAGGUCGUGCUUUCAACAUUGUGCUCUCUGCUGAAUACAGUACGUUGGCCGCGUCGAAUUGACCCCUCAUAUGGAGGUACUAAUUCGAAUCUAGUCUCUCAAAUAUAAUCCCGCGUCUUGGAAGAUCCCAUAUAACGUUCAGGUCUUCAAAGACCCGAAGCUGAUACUUGUCACAUACUCAAUACAGGUGAGUUACGGUUAAUCGGUAUUCGCGCAAUCUUCUCUAACAAAUUGCAGUUUCUCCUGGUAGUCCUUCUGUAUCCCAUACCUGAGUCGGACCCAAACCAUGCAAAGAAAAGUAAGCAAUGCAAUUCAUGAUUUUUCUCUCAUGCUGACCAGUUAGAUUAUUUUCGUCAUUUCCUGGGACGAUUACAUCGACCUCAAGACUUCCAAUUCAUUACGGAUGGAAUUACUAGGGUUCUCAAUUAUCCUCUCCAUGCCAGUACAUCCUACAUACCUGGAAACCAAGAGAAAAACAACAAACUAACAUCCGAGAUGAUCAUGUUCUUCUGGGAAGUGACUCAAUGCAAUAAGAGAUUCCGAAGCUUCAUAAUCGAUACCAACCGGUCUCACGACUUUCUAGUCUUGUUAUUCUACUAUGCUAUUGAUUACAAGCUGGACGCUUCUAAGCAAGGAAUUGUGCGGAUGUGCGUUUUUAUAUUACAAACUCUAAGUGUGGAGCCAAAUUUUGGGAAGAGUUUGAAUAAGAAAUUUGAGAAUCAGGAAACCCUACCCAUGACAAUCAGGUUACAAAAUUUCAGCGGAUCAUAUGCUGAUUUUAUCAUACACGUCAGUUUCGGCAAAGAAUCUCAGGAGAAAAACUGCUAACUAAUAACAGUCCAUCUACAACAUAAUCACCACGAGCCAGGGAAAGCUCACUGCUAUCUACCCAGCUUUGCUAGCAGUCAUAAACAAUGUCGCUGCUCACCUUGAAAAUUUGAGCGCAUCUGCGUCUUCAAAACUCCUUCAGCUCUUUUCAUCCAUGUCGUCUCCAGGAUUUCUUCUCGGUAAUGACAGCAAUCAUAACCUGCUUCAAUCGCUGCUAGAAAGCAUGAACGCAAUCAUCGAGCAUCAAUUUUCUAGUAAGUGCAUUUUUCACUAGAAAUCGCAUUGUGGUGGAAACUAAUAUCUAUCCAGAGAACCCAAAUUUCGUCUAUGCAGUCUUACGAAAUAAGAAGAGAUUCGAGGGUAAGUGAUCGUAAAUUUGCAAGUCUCUUGACUUUGACUGAUUCGAUUAGCAUUACGGUCAUUCACACUUGAAAGUGGACAAGAGGAAAUAGAGAGAAGAAACCGAAGGAGAAAAGAACGUGGCCCAGUUGAUCCCCUAGAUUUGAGUGAAAGUCGUCGAGGCUCUGUGGAUAGUAUGAGAAGCCCGACAUCAACUCAACCAAGAGUCUCGGCACUGAGUGAUGUCCCUGAAGAGGAUGGCGCAUUUGCGAUUGGAGAUGAUGACGACGAUGAUGAUGAUGACGAUCAUGAACCAACUCCUCCCGAAACCGCCACAGAUAAUUCACAGGCCUCAUCCGCCUCUUCGGGUAUAGAAGGUGGUGUAGAUGAUGCAGUCCCUACACAGUUGCGGGGCAUGUCAGAAAAGGCUCGUGGAAAAAUGCCAGGUCAGUAGUCACAAUUCCUACACAACAUGAACAUUACUAAUAAAAGUCCAGCCGGUAUGCCCACAUUUUCUCGCCAAAAUAGUACCACAUCACUCAGCUCAUAUGUAACCACGGGCUUCUCCACUACCGGAGCCUUCGAACCAACAACCACCUGGAUCGAAUCUUGGCUCCCUGAACUUCCUCUCCACACAAUCCUGACCCUCAUCUCGCAAUUGACCCCUCAACUCCCUCGCGGUGCUGAUGCACCAACCGACAACCCACCCGCCUCCAUCCUCCGCACCAUCAUCAAAUCCGAUAUCCGCGGCAUCGACCCCUCACCCAUUCGAAUCCAGUACUUCGAAUGGUCGCCCCUCUCUCUGGGCUGGUACGAGUCCCUUCUUUGGAGCUUCUGUUUUACCGCUGAGAUGCAGGUUGCGAAGGGUACGGUGGGUGUUUGGAAUGGGACGGCGAUUAAACUUUUCCGGGUAGAGACUGUGGCUCCAUUGGGACCGACACUUUCUAGUCCGAGAGGUGCGGUGGAUGCAGUGGGUAGCAAUAUUGUAAGUCGCAUUGGGAACUUGAAUAUUCGUGGUGUGACAGCGGGCGCGAGUCCAGGUGGCACAAGGCAAGAGGGCGAGGUUAGGGAGGCGAGAACGGGAAGGGGGGAUGGAUCGGGGACGAAUUUGGGAAUGGCGAAUUUGGGAGGUUGAGGAGCUGUUAUCUAGAUUAUGGGCUGAGCCUGGUUGGUUGGUUUCAUGGGGGUUAUCCUUUGACUCUUUUCUCGGUAGGGUAGGUAGGUUAUUUAGAUCACUCGUUCGUAUUUUCAUCUUAGUACAUGGCUACAUGAGAUGAAAAAAUCC